AUGGGGACCGCACUUGUGUACCACGAGGACAUGACAGCUGCCCGGCUGCUCUGGGACGACCCCGAGUGCGAGAUCGAGUGCCCGGAGCGCCUGACCACAGCCCUGGAACGCCUGCAGCAGCGUGGCCUGGAGCAAAGGUGUCUGCGGCUGGCAGCCCGGGAGGCCUCGGAGGCGGAACUGGGCCUGGUGCACAGCCUGGAGUAUGUGGCCCUGUUGCAGGGGACCCAGGCCUUGGGCACCGGAGAGCUCCAGACCCUGUCUGGACAGUACGAUGCCGUCUACUUCCACCCGAGUACCUUCCACUGUGCCCGGCUGGCUGUGGGGGCGGCGCUGCAGCUGGUGGAUGCAGUGCUGGCGGGAGCUGUGCGCAACGGGCUCGCCCUGGUGAGGCCUCCUGGGCACCAUAGCCAGAGGGCUGCCGCUAAUGGAUUCUGCGUGUUCAACAACGUGGCCAUAGCGGCCAAACAUGCCCAGCGGCAGCACGGGCUGCACAGGAUCCUCAUCGUUGACUGGGAUGUCCACCAUGGCCAGGGCAUACAGUAUAUCUUUGAGGAUGACCCCAGCGUCCUUUAUUUCUCCUGGCACCGCUAUGAGCACGGGCGCUUCUGGCCUUAUCUCCGAGAGUCAGAUGCAGAUGCUGUUGGGCAGGGCCCGGGCCUUGGCUUCACUGUCAACCUGCCCUGGAACCAGGUCGGGAUGGGAAAUGCUGACUACGUGGCCGCCUUCCUGCACGUGCUGUUGCCCGUGGCCUUUGAGUUCAACCCUGAGCUGGUCCUAGUCUCCGCGGGAUUUGACUCGGCCAUCGGGGAUCCCGAGGGGCAGAUGCAGGCCACGCCAGAGUGCUUUGCUCACCUCACACAGCUGCUGCAGGUGCUGGCUGGCGGCCGGGUCUGCGCUGUGCUAGAGGGUGGCUACCACCUGGAGUCACUCUCGCAGUCCGUGUGCAUGAUGGUGCAAGCGCUGCUGGGCGACCCUGCCCCGCCCCUGUCGGGGCCCAUGGUGCCGCAUGGCAGCGCCCUGGAGUCCAUCCAGAGUGUCCGGGUAGCCCAGGCCCCUCACUGGAUGAGCCUCCAGCAGCAAGGUGUGGCCCCUGUACCGAGUCCCAGCCCCUGCUCCCCAGAGGGGAGGCCUGAAUUCAAGGCAGCAGCGACCCAGGACGUGGCUGCCCUGAGCUCCCUCCUGGACCAGCUGCGCCUCAAUCCCACGCCCCCUGUACGCACGGCUGUUGCCUUGACUGCGCCAGAUGCUGCCCUGGCCCUGCCCUCUGAUGUCCUCUGUGAGCAGGGGUCAGCCCCACAGGAGGAGACACAGGCCUGGGCCAGGCCACAUGAGGCCCUGGCCCAGGACAGGGCCCUCACUGCACUCGGGAAAGUGCUGUACCUUUUGGACAGGAUCCUGGAUGGGCAGGUGAGCAGUGGCAUUGCAGUCACCCCAGCCUCUGCUGCAGCUGCCACCCUGGAUGUGGCCAUUCGGUGUGGCCUGUCCCAUGGAGCCCAGAGGCUGCUUUGUCUGGCUGUGGGGCAGCUGGAUCGGCCCCCAGAUCUCACGGAUGACGGGAGGAAUCUCUGGCUGAACAUUGGGGGCAAGGAGGCAGCUGCCCUGUCCAUGUUCCAUGUCUCUGUGCCACUGCCGGGGACGACUGGAGGGUUUCUGAGCUGUGUCCUGGCCCUGGUGCUGCCCCUGGCCUACAGCUUCCAGCCUGACCUGGUGCUGGUGGCGCUGGGGCCCGCCCAUGGCCUGCAGGACGCCCAAGCUGCACUCCUGGCUGCGCUGCUUCGGGGCCCAGCAGGGGGCCGAGUCUUGGCCCUUGUGGAUGAGGAAUCCACACCCCAGCUUGCGGUGGUCCUGGCCAGGGUGUUGCAUGGAGAGGCAGCCCCCAGCCUGGGUCCCUUCUCCAUGGCCUCCCCAGAGGACGUGCAGGCCCUGAUGCAGCUGAGAGGGCAGCUGGAGCCACGGUGGAAGAUGCUGCAGGUGGCCAGUGAGGCUGGGGGGCCAGGCUCAGGAUGA